CCUCUAUUGCUCUCAUCGAAGAUAUAUCAGGCACGUUAGACCCAAGACUUGGACCGCGUUCUCGAGUCUAGGAACUCAGAGACAGGUGUCUGCUGCACGAAUCCUCAGCCUCCUCCUACGUCACAAAUUCUUGUAGCUCAAUUCCAAGCCAUCUCGAAACCAUGGACACAUCCUCCCCGUCAGCAAGCCCUUCCGGCAACUCUCCUCCAGCUACGUGCGCCCCAACACGUGAGCUACGUAACAUCGACCUCACUACUAUGCACGACCAAUCCCAGUCUCCUCUCUUCAGCAAGAUCCCGCCUGAGAUCAGAAAUGAGAUCUUCGACCUCGCGUUGCAGGAGUACAUCGACCCCAACAAGCUCUAUGGGCGGGAGACGUAUUUUUCGCGUCCGGGCUUCGAGGGCCGGAAGCGGGUCGACACCGCGCUGCUAAGGACGUGCAAGAGGGUGUAUGAGGAGACGAGGGCGGUGCCGUUGGGGAAUUUGGAGUUGUGCUUUUAUUUGGGGAACAAGGGACGAGAGCCUCAAGAGUACAUUGAAGUCGGGCCCCCUUCGCAAGAGAUCUCCGUCCACCCAUUCUUCAAGGAGAUGUGGCCGGAGCAGUGCAAGCGCAUCGAUCGCAUCCACGUCUUCGCGCAGAUGUACGCCCUACACCUAGGCCUGAACAAUCUCUUCCAAAACAAGCGGCAGUUCAUCGCGCCAUCUACGAUUACCAUCACGAUCCGCUACACGGAUUGGUGGUGGUGGGAGUACGCGUACCCUAUCUAUCCGAUCCGCUCGGACCGCUUCAUACAUAUUUCCGCCAUAACUUUGCCGAACUGCGUUAACACGAUUGUAGUAGAGUUUGAGACAAGCGAGAAGAAGGAGAAGCAGUUGGAGAAGGUGGUUGGUGAGAUUUUACAGAGGAGGGUCUAUUGGACGUGGAUGAGGAAAGACGGGAGCAAGUUGGCGAUUAAGGAUGCGGAUGAGGAGGUGAGAACGUGGAAGUGGAAUGGGCCUACGAGGUUUGGGGAUGGGGGGCGGUACCCGCAUCAUGGGGAUGGGGAAGUGAUGGGGUAUGUCGUGAAGGUUGUCACUUGGACGGCGUAGAGCCUAUUGGAGCUACAGGGUUGGGGGAGUUAGGAUCAUAGGCCAGAGUGUCUGCUCUUAUUCCAAGGCGAAGUCGAAAGGAGUCUUCCGAAAUAAUCUUUCUUCUCUCCACAGCUAAUGCCUAUCAGAGGAGGUCUUCCAGAUUCUAAACAUGACACCGAAGAUGACAAUGACUGCAUUGUACUCACGGGACUCCGAGAUAGAAUGUCAACCUCCUGCAAUAUCGAUCCCUUCACG